GAAAAAGUUCCUUUUUGUGCAGGCUGCUCGCUCCCAUUUUCUUCCCUUCUCUCCGCCCCUGACAACUGGAGCCCAGAUGGACGAAGUCAUAGAUAUGAGAGAGGAUGCGGUCCGAGAGGUGGCCAUCCAGCGUCAGAGAAGGAGGUUUCCCUUUGAGAUUUUCAACAUUUUGCUUACCGUUAUCUGCCUGGCCACUGCGGCGCUUGUGGUCUACAGGCUGUUCCAGUCUCCAGUUGGAGGGCAUCGCAUGGACUCCUUCAUGUUUGUCAUCCAUGCUAAAGCAGCCAGCAUCUCACAGGGAAAAGUUACAUUCAAUUCAAACAAUAGUGCCUGGGUGAAGAAUAACGCCAUUGUGGUUCCAUGUGAUGGCCUGUACUUGGUUUAUGCACAUGCAAAGCCCACAAAUGUGGACCAUCCAACAAGAGUGACAAUUAAGAAGGGGGUAGAGACUGACAGUCAAGCAAGCUGGCUUCUUCUGGACUCUGCAGAACAAUCCCCCUUGAUAACAUCCUCGUUGCGUGUUAACAACAUGCUUCACAUGGAGCUCAACGUAUCCACAGAAGAUUUUGAUGAAGAAGUCUAUCUGGGGAUUGCCUUGCUUCAAGUCCAUCAAGACAUAGUUUCCUGCCAGGAGAUUAUUCAAAAAAGCUGCAAGAAGAAAAGAAGUGGAAUGGGUUGUGCCCUUUAACUCCAUCCUUUGGGAAAUAUAUUGUGCAAUGAUUGGAACAGGCAAGAUGAGGAUGAAAUGUACAUUGACUGUGGGAGGCUACUUUGAAAUGGACUUAAGCUGAAUUUAGAUCACAUUGGAUAAAGUGGCAAAAAGGAGGUGGAGGUGUGUGUUUGUCUAUGUGUGUGGGGAGGGGGAAGGUGAGUGCUCCAUAGAGGGAACUGGCUGCUGAAUUGCAUUUUUGAUUAAUAUAGAAUGUAGAAUAGUAUAUAAGAGACCUAAUAGUAGUUAAUUGGCCCAAUGAAAAAGGAACUGAAUCUGUAUCUGAUGCGAAACAGAGUGCUUGAAGUAUUUAAUAAACACAGAAUUAUUCUUUUACCAAGGGAGUUUGGGGCUGGAAACUGAUGUCUGCCCCAAAAUAGGGGGUCAGCAGUUGGGAAGGAAACUCAGAGCAGAGCAAUCAGACAGAGACUCUGGAUAGACUGAAGCUUGAUGGGCUGAGUGGCCUUAUUUUUCUGUUCUGGAUUUUCUUGGUGUCCUGGACAGUAUUUAUCCUUCAACCAACAUCACUAAAAAACAGGUGAUCUGGUCAUUAUCUCAUUGCUGUUUGUGGGAUCUCACUGGGCGGUUCCUACAUUACAACAGUGACUGCACUUCAAAAAGUGCUUAAUUGGUUGUAAAGCACUUUGGGAAGUCCUGAGGUUGUAAAUCACACUAUUAAAAAGGGAAGUUCUUUCUUUCGUUUGUUCUAUGUUGCCAACUUUCAUCACAUAAUCAGGUGGUGGUAGGUGGUGUGGAGGACAGUGAGUUCCUAGAUGUCUUUCUCUUUCACUUCAGAAUGUAAAGCUUAUUGCACCUAUCCCACUCCCAGACUUCAAAUUCUUAAUAUGGGAGUGGCGGUGGUAGACAAGUAAGGGGGCAGGUAGGUGAAAUGUUCAAUUCAGAGUAAAUAUGAGAUUUUAUUAUUUUUUAAAAAUGUACAUUUUUACUACUUGAUAUUGUAUAAUGAAAUACAUGAUGCCAAGUAUUUUGCCUCACAUGAGGGAUUGGUACCAUAUUGAGGAAAGUGACCAAAUUGGUUGUUUGUUCUCUAACCUAGUUCAUUGCACAAAGCUAGUUUUAAUACUGCACUAUUGAAUGUCUUGCCCAGUCUUUAAAAGUAAAACAAAUGCCUCUUUUAGUGACCAAAAUUUAUUUGAGAGAGAUUGCGCACAAUCCUCAAAGACCUGUGUGUGUGCUGAGGGAGGAAAAUUAUAAUCUCUGAAAAUAUCUAGCCUAAGAUUAUAUUCAUGAGUGUCUUAGGGCUGCAACAUUCAAGGGGCAUACAGCAGGCAAAGAAGCCUAGUUGGAAUGUAGAUUAUUUGAUCUAAGUGUUGUAUUUAUUUAUUAAAUGUAUUGUAGUUAUUUAAUGGGAAAAGUAAUAGUGCUUUUGAAUAAGAAACUUAAUGUUUUGAUAUUGUAACUAACUUUAUUUUUACAUGGAACUCUUUUUUGUACUGUUUUGAUAUGUUUACAAAUAAACACAGAAAAGACA